GAGAGAGUGGGAUAGCGAACGAAGAAACACAUAGAUUAAGAAAGCAGAGCAAGAGAUUAUUAAUAACAUAAACUGUCAGAGAGAAGAUUGAUAAUUGUUAGAGUAAUAAGUCAGAAAACAGGCGAAAGCAAAAAAUAAGAAACACAAAAGAGGAGAGAGAGGAUGAAGCGCACAUUGCCACUUUAAUUUCCUGCACGCAUCCACAACUCGAAGAAGAAAAAAAACAGAAGACAGUUGAGAGAAGAAGAUAGAUAGUGAGGCAAAGAGAUUUGUGAAUUUUGUUAGUGCUUCAUCGAGAAUGCCCUUACCCUUUGAAGAGUUUCAAGGGAAGGUGAUUUCUUCUUAUUUCUCUUCUUCUUCCGACUUAGAGCCCACCUCUGUUCUCAGCCCUCUCACUACAUCCUCCUCCACGGUGUCUUCCUCUCACGGCGUUAACACUGCCGUCGGAGGCGGUGGUCUCUCCACUGCCAUCUCCGGCGGCGAUGCCACCACCGAUGAGCAAUGUGGACCCACUGAUUGGGAGCAAGUGCUCCCUGCCUCUCCCACCCAUGACCAUGACCAUGACAACGACCAGAGCAUCCUCAGGCUCAUCAUGAUGGGAGACUCCCAAGAUCCUUCCCAUGAACUCAACAACAUCCUCCAGACUUCAUCAGCCUCCCAAUCUCCCGCCACCUUUCACCACUCCGACUACACAUCCCUCGGCAGCUUCGGAGUCGUCGACACCACCGGCUUCGGCUUAGACCACUCCGUUCCGCCACUGUUUCUCGAGGAGAAGCCACUCCUAAUCAACCAAAGCCAAACUCACUUCACCCAGAAUCCCUCCCUCUUCUACGGCCAUCAUAUCCCGGCGGCGGCGGCGACGCUUCCUCCACCGGCGAAGCGUCUCAACCAAGGGUAUACGGAUGGGAGCAAAGAGGGGAUGAUAAGGGAGCAGGUGUUGAAGGUGGCGGAGGUGAUGGAGAGCGGUGGGGACACAGGCCUGGCACAGGGGAUAUUGGCGCGGCUCAAUCAACAGCUCUCUUCACCCGUAGGAAAGCCUUUCGAAAGGGCAGCUUUCUACUUCAUAGAGGCUCUCCACAACAGUCUCCUCCACAACAACGCCUCCCACCAACCCCUAAACCCAUACUCCCUCAUCUUCAAGAUCUCCGCCUACAAAUCCUUCUCCGAGAUCUCCCCCGUUCUCCAGUUCGCCAACUUCACCUCCAACCAAUCCCUCCUCGAGUCCUUCCACGGCUUCAACCGCCUCCACAUCAUCGAUUUCGACAUCGGCUUCGGUGGCCAAUGGGCCUCCCUCAUGCAAGAGCUCGUCCUCCGCGACAACAACAACAACAGCCAUCCCCUUUCCCUCAAAAUCACUGUCUUCGCUUCUCCCGCCACCCACGACCAGCUUGAGCUCGGCUUCACUCAGGACAACCUCAUACACUUCGCCUCCGAGAUCAACAUCUCCCUCGACAUCCAAGUUCUCACCCUCGACCUCCUCGCCUCUUUCUCCUCCUCCUCCUCAGAUAAAGAAGCCGUCGCCGUUAAUCUCUCCCCCUCCUCCUUCUCGAACACGCCGCUUGUCCUCCGUUUCGUGAAGCAUCUCUCUCCGGCGAUCAUCGUCUGCUCAGACAGAGGGUGCGAGAGGUCCGAUCUGCCCUUCCCGCAACAUCUCCUCCACUCGCUGCACUCACACGCCGCUCUCCUCGAGUCCCUCGACGCCGUCAACGCCAACCUCGACGCAAUGCAGAAGAUCGAGAGGUUUCUCAUACAGCCGGAGAUCGAGAAGCUGGUCAUGGAUCGUAGCCGUAGCAGGCCGAUGAUGACGUGGCAAGCGAUGUUCAUGCAGAUGGGGUUCUCGCCGGUGACGCACAGCAACUUCACGGAGUCUCAGGCUGAGUGUUUGGUUCAACGGACUCCGGUGAGAGGCUUUCACGUCGAGAAGAAACAUAACUCUCUUCUUCUCUGCUGGCAAAGGACAGAACUCGUCGGUGUCUCCGCCUGGAGAUGUCGCAGCUCCUGACUCCUCCCCCGGACAAUCCUACUCCAACCCUACUCUACUUGUUUCAAUUUUUAUUAUUCUGUAAUUCUUAAUUUUAAAUUUAUCAUCUAAUUAAUGACAUAUAUAUUUUCAUAAUCUUUAGUUCUUUCCGAUUAUUUACUACUUUAACUCUCA